UAAAGCAACGAGCGAAGUAAAGAACAAUUGUCGAAGACGAAAAAUUUUCGAAAUUUCAAAUCGGAAGAGCAGAUUGGAAAAUAUGGGGAAGAAUUUCUAUGGGAUUGCCGGAAUGGCAAUAAUUUUGAUGGUGGUAAUGGAAAAUACCAGGGCGAUACCGGUUCAACAGAAUUACACCUCUGAGCUGCUGCGUCUGGCCAAGGGUUCCGAAAUGCGGGCCUUCCUGAAUGAAAACAAGCCACCUUGUCAAAAUUUCUAUAAAUUCGCCUGUGGUCGUUGGGGUCACUUGAAUCCGGCCCCGGCCCGCGGCAAAAGUUCCCACCUCGGCCAGCUUUCGGAGUUGUAUGGCAAAAAGUGUGCUGAAAUGUUGUCGAUUGAGAGCAAAAGUGAUUCGGGUAUUGAUCACAAGCUUAAGGACUUCUAUCAGUCGUGCCGGGAAACGGGCCAAUUGGAUGCUGAGGGCCUGGAGCACAUUGUUAAGGUGGCCGAGUUCGAGGGUGGCUGGCCCAUGGUCUCGAAUGUUAAUUGGUAUGAAUCCGGCUAUGAUUGGUUACGUGUUGUGGCCAAUAUGCGCCGCAAGCUGGGUGUGGAUGUUUUGAUUGGCCUGAAGAUAGUGCCCGAUUUCAUGGAAAAGGAUAUGAACCGGAUUAUGGUGGGUGCUCCGAAAAUGUAUUUGGAUCGUGAUUCAUAUUUGCAGGAAGAUAAGGAAAGUUUGCGUCUGGCCUAUACCACGUCGAUUGAGAAUCAGCUGAGACGCUACUUCCCCGAUAUGUCCGAAGAGUGGGCUGCCGAGGUCGCCCAACAGGUGUUGGCUGUGGAGAAACGUUUGGCCGAGGGUUUGCCCAACAACAAAGGCCUGACCAUGGAACAGACUACCCGCCUACGUUACACGGCCGAUUUGAAAACAGCCUAUGGCAGUUAUGUGGAUAUCAAUCGAUAUUUGAAUUUGAUUUUCAACCAAUCGAUUUAUGCCCAGGUCUAUGAGUCGCCGGAGGACUACUUCUCGACCCUGAUGGAUGUUAUCAAGACAACACCCAAGCUCACCAUUGCCAACUACACCAUGUGGAAGGUGUUGGAACAAUUCGAUUUGCCCAGGGCCAAAUUGGCCAAGGAUUCCCAGUACUGUGUCAACAGGGUAAUGGAAUAUUUCCCCGAUGCCUUGGAGAGCAUGUUCCUGCGCAACUACCACACCAUGCAAAUGAUCAAUGAACUGCAGUCGGUGUGGAAGGACAUAAAAAAGACAUUCCGUUCGGAGUUGCAAAGCUCACAACGUCUCACCUGGAUUGGGGGUGAGACAAAGCAAAAGGCAAAUGAAAAGCUGGAAGCCAUGGAGCUACAAAUUGCCACCCAAGAUUCCCAACAUGCCGAGCAGAUGCUGAAGUUGUUUAUGCGCCGUACCAACUACUAUCAAAAUCUCAUUGCCAUUUGGCACUGGAAGACUGGGCUAAAUUUGGCACAACUCUAUGAGAAGCCCCAGGACCCGCCCACCAAAUACACCCUGCCGCACUAUGACUAUGAGACGAAUAAAAUCAGCAUCCCUGUGGAAUUCUUGCAGGUUCGUUUUCUUUGGGAUCCCUCCUAUCCCCAUUCCAUACUCUAUGGCACUCUGGGCUAUCUGUUGGCUCAACAAAUGCUCAAGGGUUUCGAUUCACAGGGACGGAAAUAUGACAAACAUGGCUAUGCCAAGUCAUGGUGGGAUAUUGUGUCCGAAAAAGAAUUCGAUAAUCGGGCCCAAUGGUUCCUCGAACAAUACAAGGAGUAUAAAUUCCCCAAAUGGAUUCAAACCGAAGAUAAAAAACUGAUCAACACCUAUGUGGCGGAUAAUGGAGCACUGAUUAUGGCCUACAAAGCCUAUCAACAGUGGUGGAAGAAUAAAGCCAACAGUGAUUUGGCCGAACAAGAACAGUUGCCGUUAAUGGAGAAAUAUGGUCAGAAUCAGUUGUUCUUUAUUGCCUUUGCCCAGACAUGGUGUGCUGAUUAUUCCGAAGAUAUUGCGGAAUUUGAUGAUUUGCCCGAGAUGUGGCGUGUCAUAGGAGCCUUGGCGAAUUUCAAUGAUUUUUCGCGAGAAUUCCAAUGUGAAUUGGGCAAUAAAAUGAAUCCCGAACAGAAACGGUUUUUGUAUUAGAGAAGGAGAGAGAGAGAGAGAGAAGGGAGAGAUGGCGAUAUGGAGAGAGAGAGCAACAUCCUUCAUAUUUUUAUUUUUGGUGAAAAUAAAACCGGUGAAAAAAAUUAAAUUUAAAAAGUCCAAAUUAAAAAAAAAUUAAACUAAAAAUUGAAAUUUAAAUAAUUUAAAUUAAAAAAAAAAUAAAUUGAAUACAUUU